AUGGCCAUCCAAGUUCUGCAGGCGAAUCUUAAUCACUGCGCCAGGGCUCAGGACCUUCUGUUCCAGAGUAUGGCGCAGUGGUUAAUAAAUAUAGCAGUGAUAGCGGAGCCAUACACUGUUCCUGCCAGAGCAGAAUGGGUCGGGGACCUAGACAGUACUGUGGCCCUGGUGUCGCGGAGCGCAACUAGCUCCCCACCUUUUCAAGGCGUCGUAAGGGGUCACGGUUUUGUGGCGGCAACAUAUGAGAAGAUUGCUGUUGUUGGUGCCUACUUCUCGCCCAACGAUAGUCUAGCGAAUUUUGAGCAGUUCCUCGUGGAAGUGGGUGCCAUAGUCAGACAGCUGCACCCGACACCUGUUCUAUUUGCCGGAGAUUUAAAUGCAAAGUCCAGGGAGUGGGGUUCUCGGGUAACAGAUCCUUUUGGGCAGUGCCUGGAGGAAUGGGCUGUUGCGGGGGCUCAAUUGUCGACGUUACGUUUGCGAGCGCUCCUCUGGCACGGCGUGUUAACGACUGGAAAUGUUUGGAGGAUGUAG